AUGGGUGUCUUUGCUUUCAGUGACGAGUUCACCUCCCCAGUCCCCCCUGCAAGAUUAUUCAAGGCUUUGAUUCUUGACUCUGGAAACCUCCUCCCAAAACUCUUGCCACAGCUUAUUAAGAGCGUUGAAUUCACCCAAGGCAAUGGAGAGGCUGGCAGCAUCAGGCAGAUCAGCUUUCAAGAUGGUAUUGGUCUUAGGUCUAUUACGAACCGAGUUGAAGCUGUUGACCCAGAAAAUUUCUCUUACUCGUACAGUUUGAUUGAAGGUGAAGGAUUAUUGGAUAAGAUGGAAACCGUUGUUUAUGAGGUACAAUUUGUGCCUGGUCCUGAUGGUGGUAGCAUAAAUAAAAUGAAAAGUACCUAUCACACCAAGGGUGAUAUUGUGCUUACCGAAGAGGAGGUUAAGGAAGGCAAAGAGAAGGCACUGGGGAUGUACAAAGCUGUGGAAGCUUACCUCCUUCAAAACCCUGAAGCCUAUGCUUAAGUGCUUUUGCACUUUUAUUAUAUAUAUCUCACUAGCUAUAUCCUUAAUGAUACCGUACGUGUUUAAGUUAGGCUAUGGCUUUGGCUCGGCCUGGCUUGGCUAUGGUGGCCAUAA